UUUCCCGGCGAUUUCCAAAGAACUGGCAACGCUGGAUCGAAACCGGACCGCCCCUCGCAGUGUUAUUUCUGCCGUAACCCGUUGUCGACUUGCUCCUGUCAUUCGCCAUGGAUGAAGAAUACGAUGCCAUCGUCCUUGGAACAGGCCUGAAAGAAUGCAUCAUCAGCGGUAUGCUGUCUGUUUCGGGGAAGAAAGUUCUCCAUAUGGACCGGAACAAGUACUAUGGAGGAGAAUCUGCUUCCAUCACCCCGUUGGAGGAGCUCUUCACCAAGUACGAGGCGCCAGCUCCCAAUGAAAGCUAUGGCAGAGGAAGGGACUGGAAUGUGGACUUGAUCCCCAAGUUCUUGAUGGCCAACGGUCAGUUGGUCAAGCUACUUAUCCAUACGGGUGUCACCCGUUACUUGGAGUUCAAGUCUGUCGAAGGCUCUUACGUCUACAAAGGUGGAAAGAUUUCCAAAGUCCCUGUGGAUGAGAGGGAAGCUCUUGCUUCGGAUUUGAUGGGCAUGUUUGAAAAACGCCGCUUCAAGAACUUCCUAGUCUUUGUUCAAGAUUACCGUGAGGAUGACCCCAAGACGUGGAAGGAUGUCGACCCGAACAACACCAACAUGGCCCAGGUGUACGAAAAGUUUGGCUUGGAUAAGAACACGGCCGAUUUUACCGGUCACGCUUUAGCCCUACACCGUGAUGACGAGUAUCUAGCCAAGCCGUGUUACGAUACCAUCCGGCGCAUCAAGCUCUAUUCGGAUUCGCUGGCCCGUUACGGCAAAUCGCCGUACCUGUAUCCGAUGUACGGCUUGGGUGAAUUGCCGCAAGGUUUCGCCCGUCUCAGCGCAAUUUACGGCGGUACUUAUAUGCUGGAUAAACCCAUUGACGAAAUCGUCUACGAUGAGAGCGGCAAGGUGGUCGGCGUCAAGUCUGGUGGAGAAAUGGCCCGGUGCAAGCAACUCUAUUGUGACCCUACUUAUGUCCCUGAUCGCGUCGAAAAGGUGAGCAAGGUGGUCCGUUGUGUUUGCUUGAUGGAUCAUCCCAUUCCCAACACCAAGGACGCUCUCUCCACUCAAAUUAUCAUUCCACAGAAGCAAGUCAACCGCAAUUCGGAUAUUUACAUAUCGAUGGUUAGCUACACGCACCAAGUGGCCGCCAAGGGCUGGUUCAUCGCUAUGGUGUCUACCACUGUAGAGACCAAUAACCCAGAAGCUGAAAUCAAACCGGCUUUGGAUCUUCUCGGUCCCAUCAAGCAAAAGUUUUUGACGGUGACUGACUUUUACACUCCCAAAGAAGAUGGUCGUGAUUCGCAAGUUUUCAUCUCCAAGUCUUACGACGCCACCACUCAUUUUGAAACGACCUGCUUGGACGUUUUGGAUGUUUACCGUCGUGGUACUGGUGAAGAUUUUGACUUUUCCAAAGUCCGUCACGAUCUUGGUGACGAGGAACAGUAGGAAAUUUAGCAAAAGACACACUAACCAGAUUACAAUUCAGGAAUGCUAACUAAAAUAACAAAGAAAGAAAAAAAGGCAUAUUCCGUUUUCGUGACUCCCCCAUUGAAUAUGACGUUCAACUCUUUGAUAAAUAAAAAAAAGUCAAUUAGGGGGAAACGUCAAAUUUUUUUCUUGUCUUAACCAAGUGCAGAAGAUGGAAAUUUUUGGUUAAUUUUGCUAUCUCUGAAUAUUUGUUCUCCCAAACAAACAAAAAAUAAUUGUGUGAAUUAUUAUGCCCCCCAUUUAUCCGAUUCUUAUUUUUCUGCUCUCCCCCACCUUUUACUUCUGGCAUAUAUGGUACACACACACACUUGCAAACAACAACAACAAAAAAGCUUAUUGUUAUUACACGUCAUUGGCUGUGUUU